GAGAGCAAGUCCACAAGCUUUUGGGCAUCGGUUGUGGAGGGCACCCGUGCAGGUGCAAUCUUGGACAUGACAGCAAGCACACAGCUAGCGCACGCGGCUCUGGAUGCCCAGGUGGUGGCUGCUGAGGAGAACGAGCUUGCCAAUGAGGUUCAGACUCACUUUGCUGGGCGCCUGACGGAGCAAUCUGACUCGGAGGAGGAG